UGCAGUGUGUGUACAUCUCGCCUGUCCCUUCGCAAACAGGAGGGGAUCAACCAGCUGCCCUGGCAUGAAAAUACCUGACAAACCCUCACCCCCUUUGCCUUUUGGAUCUUUGUGUCCGGUUGCGUUCUUACAGCCUUUGACCUCCCCAUCAUGAUCCCAAAUCUAAAAGUCAUCUUCCUGUUUCUUUGGUUGCUUCAGUGUGGAGGGGGAAAUGUUGAUGUACAGCAGAAACCUCCAAUCCAGGUUGCCUUGCUCAACGAAGAAAUAUCCAUCCCCUGUAAAGUCAUCUUCCCUUACAUGCCAAAAUACACCAAAUUUUCAAUCUCCUAUUACUGGAUUAAUUCACUGGAUCAGAAGACAUCUAUCUAUACAAGGGUGGAAAAUGUAGCCAUUCCUUCUGGAGAAGAGAAUAAGACUGCUGCCUUAUCUUACGACCACAGAAUCAUGCCACUUCAAAACAUCUCUUCUACUGGCACAUACUACUGCAAUGUGAAAUGGAAUGAUAUCCAAAAAACGGGAAAGGGAGUGUUUGUCCUUAUUAGAGAUACAGGAUACAUAAAUACCUCUUACAGCUGGGAAAUCCUCAUUACCCUUACUGUUCUUCUGGCUGUAUUGAGCAUCACUGCAACAGCUCUGCUUCUGUGGAAAAGAAAGGUUUUUUGCCCUAGAAGGAACCAGCCAAAUAUCCUGAGACAGAAGGUGGACACACAGCUCCCUUCAGCCAGCCCACCAACACUACCACCUCCUGUCUAUGAUAGCCUGGAUGUGCAGCAAGUUGAUGUCUAUUCUAGCCUUGAGAACAGCACAAGCAACCCAUCACACAGAAAGAAUCCUCCAGGGAAGACACCUAAGAAGCAAGAAACUCUAGAAGAAUCCUCUGAUACAUUGUAUGAGAAUAUCUAGCAGGGAAGAUACCUGACCCUACGUGGACCAGACAUUUUUCUGUAUGGCAGAGCUUCUCUCUCACAUCCCUGAUGAGAUGCAGAUACGUGGAGAGAUCCACACUGACUUCAGAGCACAACCACAUGGGAAUUGUGAACCCCUUGCCCCUUCUAAACUGCCCUUCAUUAACAACAGAAUGUAUCUGUUGAAAUCCCUCGGGGCUCAGUCUGCAUUGAUGCAGCAAAGCUAUUUUGCAGCAAAGCUGUUUGCUGCAAAAGAAAAGCUGCUUUUGUCAAGCACUUAUCUUGGGAAUGGGCAAUCUGUGAAGGUUUCUCUCACCUGCCCCGGCUGAAAUACUUAACUGUUGAUCCUCUGCAAGUGGUAAAACAAUCCGGAGACUUCCCUGCUUGCUGGCUUGAUGUUCCAAUCCUGACCUGCAGCCUCCCAUCUGAUCCUGUGCUUGCGGCUUUGCUGAAAUGGCCAUCAGGACUUCAUGCAUAGUUUAAUCAGAUCCAAGCAUCCACCUGCCCAUUUCCCUUUCUCCGGAACCCCACAGCAAACAGCUUUCUCAUAAUCUGCUAAUCCCAUCAAGUAGUCACAGAUGCCUGCUGUGACCUUACUGGGGUGACUCAAAUCAGUGCCUCUAAGAAAAUGCUUCCCCUUCAGCAAUAUCAGCAGUACACGGUGAGGACUGGAUGCACCGAUGGAGAUAAAGGUGAAGAAAAGGAACACAGAAAAUAUCCCUUCCUGACAACAUGUCUCACUGACAGUGCCUAUUCCAGAACAAAAAAGAGGAGCAAGGAGGUGGGAAUGUGAGGAAACUCCCUUGCUGGGGCUGCUUAAGGCAUGCGGGCCAAGUUCUUUCUCCCCUGUCAGCUGGAACUUGCCUACCAUUUGUGUUGGUUCAUACUCUGGUCCUGAUAGGGAAGGAGUUACAUUAAAUAGCUGAAUAACAUGAUCAAACCAGCAGAUCAAAAAGCUGAGGCUGUUUUAUCUCAUAUUAGAAAACAACAAUGAAAUAACAACCAAACAGAACCAACCCAAAAUAAGAAUAUGCAGCAUAACUUGAGAGGAAUUGUAGAAACCUCUUUAAAGGAGAAGAUCAAAUUAAAAUUGAGCUCCAGGGUCAUAGGACCCUCUCUAGCUGAAGAUAAUGUUGCUAUGUAUCAGAGAUAGAGGCUGUGGAAAAUGUCUCCGGGCCCUCCAACCUUCCUAUACCAUGUUUAAAGAGAUAAUCCGCUUAUUGCUUUGCUCUUUUUAUUAGAAAAGGUUUCAAACAUGCAAUUUGGACUUUCUUUAACCAUAGAAAAAUGUUUUUUCUCUUCCCAGCGCUGAGGAAUUCAUUUCAGAAAAGGCAGUGAAUGGGCAGCAUGUCUUAUUAGAUCCAUUUAUAAUUUGUUAAGUGAUCACAGCAGUUAUAAAUAUUUUUAAAGUAAAAAGUUUUACAUUUUACUAAUAUGACCAGGAAAUAUUUGUGUUCACAGAAGAAUUUACAGAGGACUGUACAGGUAUAACAAUUCCUUUCCUUAACAAAUUUGAAGAAAUUAUAAGAUGAAUUAUAAAUAUGUUGCAGUGUGGCAAUAAAAUAUUCAGCAGAUGCUGGUGGAUUAGAUGAAAAGUAAAAACUUUCAAAAUAAUGAUGCUUAGGUUUUGUGUUUUGUUUUUUAAAUUUUAUAAAUGUUAAAAAUACUGGAUGCUACUGGAAAUUUCCUGGCAAGGAUCUCUCUUUGCAGUGAGUUGAUUUGUCUUGUGUUUCUGUUACCUUUUAAAGUAGUGUGUUUCUUACAUUUAUGCCUGAACAAUUCUAUAUUAAAAAGCUGAAGCUGUUUAAAAUAAAACAUGAGAGAAAGAACAGUA